AUGGCCGUGCAAGAGGAAUAUCGAUCGAUACGAAUUUAUACAGGUCAUCUUUCCGUCGUACAUCCAAACUCAGGCAUGUCGCCACGUCUUCUUCGUUCAAAAGUGCGUCGUGAUUGUCAAGAUAUUGAUGAGCGAAUUUCGCAUGGCACAGAUCCUAAACGAACAUCCAUUGAUUUAUAUAAUAAUGUCAAAGGUUCGAAAGAAAUACGAAUGGAACUUGUUGCUUGGGUAGCUGUAGGUGUCUGUAAAUUAGAAGGUAGUUUUGCUCGAGAUUGGAUCGUUGGAAACUAUACAGCACGACCAGCUAUUGAAAAUCCAAAUGAUUGA